AUGGAACAGCUGUGUAAGGAUUACUGUUUCUCUCUGAGAUACUCAAACAAGUCAUUGUAUUCACCAUCAAGUUACACAACAAUAAUACAGAGACAGAACCUUGUCUGCUUCCUCAGAAACCCACACUAUGGCAGCCUUAUUUACGCUGAUGGUCAUGGCGAAGUGUGGACAGAUUGGAACAGCAUGUCCAAGUUUUUUCAGUACGGGUGGAGAUGCAGCACUAAUGAGAACUCAUAUUCAAAUCGUACUCUGAUAGGCAACUGGAACCAGGAAAGAUACGACCUAAAGAAUAUUGUAAAACCCAAACCCUUGCCCUCCCAGUUUGGACACUACCUUGAAUCAACGUAUGAUGCAAGUUACAACAGCAAAAAGCCACAGUCAGCCCAUAGAUUUAAGCAAGAGCCUCAUUGGUUCCCCGGACACCAGCCGGAGCUGGAUCCUCCUCACAACAAAUGCACUGAGAAGUCAACUUUUAUGAAUAGCUAUUCAAAGCCUCUGCCCACUCAUUACUCUUGGUGUGUAUGUGAUCCAAACAUGGAGCAAUCUGAGGAUCCGAGAAUCUAAGAGAGAAAAGCAGCAUCAUUUUUGCCUAAAGUAGACUGUAGAAAGGAACACGUUUUAAGCAGAUUCAAGCUUCGCUCUUAAGACUGUCUAA